AGGAAGAACUGGGAUCGUGAUGAGUAUUGGAGUCCACAUAAAUGGGUUUGUCUCAGUGUUGGGGUUUGGGUAGGCUCUGCGGCUGAUUGCGUGAAGUGGUGUAUUCGGUUGUUUUGGGGGUCCUGGGAGUGCUGGGGUGUUGGCUAUGUCGGCAAGUAUAUUAGGACUGGCGCCGGAGUUCAGAUGAAAUUGGGGUGUCUGAGAGCUGGGGCUCGGUGGCAGUGGGAACUUGGGUGAGGCCGUAUCUGCGAUUGCUGGAGGUCAGGGUUCGACCCACACGGGAGGCUGAGGUCCUUGGCAACAGGGGCUGGAGACCCCUUUGUUCCCGGCCGCAGGUCUGGGGUCGGUCAAGCGAAAGUGGGUCAGCUCCGCCUAGCAGCGCGUCGGCCCGCCCCCCGCUCCUGGGCGGGGGACUGCGGACGGUGCGCACCACCACCAAUCACGGCGCCCGGUGCCAGACCGCGGAAUGGGGCGGGGCCGAGACAAGCCCGGCCCCUAGCUCAUGAAUAUGAAGCAUGGCCGCGGUCUCUGGAGCCUAGGGUUGGCCAGCGCGGCGCUGGGGGCGGGCUCUGGGGGCGGAGCUUGGCGGCGACGUACAUAAAGCCGGGCGCCCACUGCCUCCCUCACUCGCGCGUUAGGAGGUUCUGAUCGUUGUGCUGUGCCGUCUUCCCGCCUGCAUCAGGGACCUUCCCGACUCAGUGUAAAAUAGGAGGGAGGGGUGAGCGAUGAAGCCCCUGGAGGAUCUCAGUGAGGAUUUCAACAGUUUGCCACAGGCCACCAUGGCGUCAGAUGAAGGCAAACUUUUUGUUGGAGGGCUGAGUUUUGACACCAAUGAGCAGUCGCUGGAGCAGGUCUUCUCGAAAUAUGGACAGAUUUCUGAAGUGGUGGUCGUGAAAGACAGGGAGACCCAGCGGUCACGGGGCUUUGGGUUUGUCACCUUUGAGAAUAUUGAUGAUGCCAAGGAUGCCAUGAUGGCCAUGAAUGGGAAGUCUGUGGAUGGGCGACAGAUCCGAGUUGACCAGGCUGGCAAGUCGUCUGACAACCGAUCCCGUGGGUACCGAGGUGGCUCUGCUGGGGGCCGGGGCUUCUUCCGUGGGAGCCGAGGCCGGGGCCGUGGGUUCUCCAGAGGAGGAGGGGACCGAGGCUAUGGGGGGAGCCGGUUCGAAUCCAGAAGUGGGGGCUAUGGGGGCUCCAGAGACUACUACAGCAGCCGGAGUCAGGGUGGCGGCUAUGGUGACCGGAGCUCGGGCGGGUCCUACAGAGACAGCUAUGACAGUUAUGGUAAGUCACACUCCAAGGGCCUGCGGUGGGAGCUCAGCGAGCACUCUGUGAACAACACUUAGACCUUGUCGCUGUGCUUGCCCAUAAGGGACGAGACUGCCAUCUCAGGUCUUGGUGCCAACAGCCAUUUCUACUGCAAAACCAAAGCUAAGCCAGACUGACUAAAAAGGAAAGGGAGACAAGGGGCCCGCCGAGCAGGCAGCUUACAUGCAUGUGCGGCCGCCCACCUGGCCUGCCGCUCUCGGCUGUGGGGGGGGUUGGUUCCUCCUGAGGCCACAGGGCCGAGCCCUCCAGGUCUGGACCCGGGAGUGGAAUGCUGCCUCUUGUCGCGUGCUUCAGUGCCUUUACACUGUACCUGCUUCUUGUUCUCAGCUACACACAACGAGUAAAAUCCUUCCUGCUCAAGACCGUCCUUCCAAUGGCUGUAUAUUUAAAGAUUUUGGGAGCUUCGCUGAAUCGUUAAUGUGUAGUGAACACACCUCCUUGUACCCACUUUUGUAGUCUUACCAGUUCUGAUCUUGUCAAACACAGCCUGACUGCUUCUGACCCCCAGAUGGCCUCAUUACUAGACUUUUCUUUUUAAGGAAGCGCUGUCCGUUUUUAAGGGUUUUAAAAACGUUUUGAAAAGCACUUCAGAUUUUACUUUUUUCUCUUUACCAUGAGCCAUGAGUUUUUUAGAAAUCAUUGGGGUUGUGUGGGUUUUUUGUUUUUGGUUGUGUUGCCUUUUUUAUUUCCCUUUCUAAUGGGGUCUGCCGAAGGAAGAUGGGGCCCCGAUUCAGUUCUCUUUGAGAUUGGACUCUGAGUCCACUUUGUCGGAAGCUGAGCAAGCUGUGGCUUUUUUCCAACUCCAUGUACCAUUUCUGAGUGUAGCAUGGUAGGACCCGCCCCGGGGUGGCGGCAGAGGUGCCCAGCUGCCCUGGGUCUGGCCUGUGUGGCCCAUCUGUGCUGUGUAUGACCCACAGUAGCCUUGCAGACGUCCCUAAGAGGUUCUUGGAAAUGUUUAUUUAUAUUGUCCUUUUUUACUGGAAGACAUACAUAUCCCUUUGAUGUAUUUGAAGUGGUUAAGGAAUUCUUGUACGCAGUUUUCUUUGGCUUCACGAAGCCGAUUAAAAGACCGUCUGAAACGAACCUUUCUCUGACAAUUUCCCUUUCAUUGCACAACGCACUCCUGCCACGAGUUCGUGGCACUCAGACCUCAGCAGAAAGGGCAGCUUGAGAAGCAGGUCUGCAAGUCCUGCCUGAGGCCCGUGGAGAGCUAGACCAGGAAGGCAGAGUAAAUUGACGCUGGCGGGCCCCUUGUAGUAACAGCCGACUGCCACUGGUCCCAGUUAGGUGAGCAGGUGGGUGACGGGAGUGGGCCGGUCAGACUACAGGGCAGCCCUUGGAGGCUUCUGGCAGUGGCAGCCAGAGGGCUCGACAGGGUGGGCAGCUCAGCAGGGACGGUGGACAUGUGGGCACUUGACGCUGACUUGACUGCCUUAGUCUAGAAGCAGGUCCCAGAGCGGACAGCAGGUAGUGUCCCUGGGCGACCGCAGACUGACCGCUCGUUAGCUAGCUCUGCGGUUGCUUCACAAGUUCUGAGCGUUCUCCGCUAGCCUAUGGAAGCUGCAGCCCUCGGAGGACAGAAGUGUUGUGCGCCCAACAGAACCCUCCGAGACGCAAGCUGCCCCUUGGCUAGCUCAUAUGUGGAGAUAGCCCUGUAAUCCGAGGUAACUCCUUCUGCUCGUGUCCACAUCCCCUCUUGUUGAGAGCUUGUUUGAAAGUAAAGCUAUGUACCCGGGGAAUGUGCCUUUGACUGGUUUUUGCUUUUCCAUUUUUUUUUUUUUUUUUAAAUCAAGCUAGAACUAAAGUCAGACCCUGGCCGUUUGUCCUUCCCUGCCUGCGGCCAGGCAAGCAGUCCAGGUAGUCGGGCCUCGUGAAUAGGUUCGAUCCGUAAGCGGGAUUGAAGACCACCGAACAUCCUAUCCUGUCUUUUGGGUUUUUUGUUCAUCAAUUUACAGCCUUUUCCAGACCUCCUUAAGUCAUGCUCCUAACUGUAGCUCUCUGAUGUCUGUUGCCACCUGAGUUUUUCCCCAGAGCCAACACUGUUCUCUAAGCAGCACCAUCCCAAGUGGGUAGCUGGCUCUGCUUAGGAAUGGAGUGUGGCCUGGCCCAUCUGAAAGGCGCAGGCCCACCUUGGGCACACUGGCCCUUGACGGGGCCUCUGCCGGGAUGGCCCCGAUGACUAGCUUGAGACCCUUUUAGGAGCUGUGGAUGGUUUCAGGGGAGGUGGGGAGGGGCAGCUGCGAGCACAUCCAGGACCCGUGUGUAAUGCUCCUUUGCUUUGGCAGGUUGAAGGGAAGCCAGUGCAACUUGGAAGGGUGGCCCAAGAACAACAAUGACCUGGGGUCACUGUCCCAAGAGGGACUUCACCUCUGAGUAGGAGCCAGAAGUGCAGCCCCCUGCCCUUGCAGCCCAUCACCUCAGGUACUUCACUGAUGAACUUGGGGUGAGGGUCUUCAACUUGCUCCAGGAGAAAACGGGUAUGUGGCACCUUGCACAAGGCCAGUCCUCAUCCGCAACAGUGUGACAGGACAUGGAAAUCAAGAGUUGAAUAAAGGGCUGUGUAUCCAUCCAGAAA